AAUAGGGUUUAUUUGCCUGUCAAAACUAAGUUCAGGGACUAAUUUAAUAUUUUUCAUCUCUCUUCUCUCUCUCCUCCGAUUUUUCAAACAAAAGGAAGCUUUUGAAACUUACUUCCAUGGAACCCAAAAACUUUCCAUUUCAAAAAUCACAAACAAACCACCAUGGCAGGCCUAUUCUUCUUCUUCUUCUCUCUCUACACCUUCCUUUUCCUUCUGUUCUUCCCAUCAAUCUCUUCUUCUUCUUCUUCUUCUUCUCAGCUCAGCAUUCUCCUAAAAAUCAAGUCUUUCCUCGACCCACAUGAUCUCCACCUCAACUCCUGGUCCGCCGACAAUGACCCAUGUGGCGGCUCCUUCGAAGGAGUCGCCUGCGACGAUCAGGGAAGCGUCGCCAACAUUUCUUUACAGGGGAAAGGACUCUCCGGUCAAAUCCCGCCGGAGAUUGGUCAGCUCAAGAGCUUAUCAGGUCUCUACCUUCAUUUCAAUCAUCUUACCGGUGUUUUGCCUAGAGAAAUUGCAGAGUUAACUCAACUCUCUGACUUGUAUUUGAAUUUCAACAAUCUUUCCGGUGAAAUACCUCCAGAGAUUGGACAUAUGACCAAUCUUCAAGUUCUACAGCUUUGUUAUAAUAAGCUGACUGGUAGACUACCCAUUGAGCUUGGAUCUCUGAAUAAGCUGGAUGUAUUAUCUCUUCAAUUCAAUAACUUCACCGGAGCAAUACCGGCGAGUUGGGGGGAUUUAACGUUGUUGAAAAGGUUGGACCUUAGCUUCAACAGUCUAUUCGGUUCAAUCCCUGUUAUGAUAGCCAAUCUUCCAAUACUUCAAUUUCUUGACGUUCGAAACAAUUCUCUAUCAGGGAAAGUCCCAAUUGCUUUGAAGAGAUUGAACGAUGGUUUUCAGUUCAAGAACAACAAAGGGUUGUGUGGGAUUGAAUUCUCAUCUCUUCUUGAACCUUGCAAUGCUUCCAUUAACGAUAACAAACCAGAGCCAUUUGGAUUUGGAGAUUUCCAUUCAAAAGAAAUCCCUGAAUCUGCUAACGUCCAUUCAAACUGCACUCAUAGGAUUCAAUGUUCUCAUAAACAAGACAGUAAUCAGCGGGAAUACGUGAUAAUCGCUGGUUCUUUAGCGACAGUCAUUGUGGUAGCAACUGUGUUGAUAACAUUCUCUUGCUACCGGCGUAAGAAACAGAAAAUUUCAAGUGUUCUUCAGCCUUCUGAUCCUCAUCGGCUUAGUACUAACGAUUCUGCUAACAUUUCUCCCCUCAUUAAUCUCGAAUAUCCCAAGUGGGAUCCUAUAUUAUCCAAAGAGUCGAGCAGCAGUUUCGGUUUCACUUACAAUGUUGAAGAUGUAGAGUCUGCCACUCAACAUUUCUCGGAGGCAAAUUUAUUGGGUAGUAGUAGAACGGGUUCCUCUUCCUUGAGUAGAUAUAAAGGGAUAUUGAGAGAUGGUUCUUUAGUUGAGGUGAAGUGUAUUUCGAAAAGCAGCUGUAAGGCAGAUGAGUCGGAGUUUCUUAAAGGGCUAAAGCUAAUGACUACACUCGAGCACGAUAAUAUCCUCCGGUUUAGAGGCUUCUGUUGUUCGAGUGGAAGACACGAGUGUUUUCUUCUCCAUGAUUUCGUUCCCAAUGGAAACUUGUUGCAGUAUCUUGACGUCAAGAAGAAUGUGAACAAUGGGUCGAAGGUUUUAGAUUGGUCUACUCGAAUUUCAAUUGUUUUGGGCCUUGCGAAAGGCAUAAGAUAUUUGCAUGGGAAUAAGAAGAAAGGAGGAAACGAACCAGCCUUGGUUCAUGAGAACAUAUCAGCUGACAACGUGUUACUUGACGCCUCGUACAAGCCUUUGAUUUCAGGGGCGGGUCUUCACAAGCUGCUGGCGGAUGAUGUUAUCUACUCGGCUAUAAAAGCCAGCGCAGGAAUGGGUUAUUUGGCACCGGAGUAUGCUACAUUCGGGAGACUCACUGUUAUGAGCGAUGUUUAUGCGUUUGGUGUGAUUGUUCUUCAGAUCCUUUCUGGGAAAAGAAAAAUUACCCAUGUAAACCGACGAGGGGUGGAUUCUUGCGUGUUUGAUGAUUUCGUUGAUGGGAAAUUGGGCGGAGAGUUUUCUGAGAAGGAAGCUGUUGAGGUUGGGAAGAUUGCUGUUUUGUGUAUGCAUGAAUCACCUGAAUCUAGGCCAGAUAUGGAAACUGUAGUUCAAAAUUUGAGUGAUAUCUGUAUCUGCUGAAUUAUAUUAUUAUUAAUGAAUCUUGCUUAGUAGAAAUUGAAUAGAUGUUCAGAGUAUGAAUGAAUGGCACAUUAUUAUACACC